AUGGAACUACCUGAAGAUAUUUACCGAAAAAUUGUGAAUUAUGCGCUGUUUUCAAGUUCAAAGUCGAUUUUUGCUUGGAAAAAUUUGAACUCCGAUUUUAGAUGUCUUGUGGAAGAUGAAGCUUCGCGAGUUUCUCGAACUCGGCCGAUUGUUUUUGAUGUGGAAAAACUAUUUUUUGAUGAAAAAUGUGCUCUAAAACAGCAAUUUUAUGAGCAAAAAUCGCCACAAGACGCCAAAAAACUACACCAGGAUAUUCGAAAGCUUUGCGAUAUUCUAGAAGCGCUGCUGAAAAUCGGCGGCAACCUGGCACUCCAGAAUUUCUCCGCCAAAUCGAUUGGUUGGAUUUGCGAGGAAGGCAGCGACGAGGUUUCGAUGAAACGCGCACCGUUUAUGCUUCAAAAACGUGUUGUUGAGGUUUUGAAGAGGUUUCAGAGUGUGAGAAUGGAAUAUUCGCCGGUUUUUAUGAAGCCUUCCCGAUUUAUCAGAUGUUUUUCGCACAGAUUUGAGGAGAUCAAGGAGUUGGAUUUGGGGAAUGUUAAGGUGAGAUUGUAGUUACGAUGCUCCGCGUUUACACCGUCUAUUAUCGAAAAUCUCAUCGGUACCAUGCGCUCCAACACGCAACGCAGACCGCGCCGCGCCGCGCCACAACACACACACACAAAAAAAGGAGGGAAUUUGAAUCGUUCCCUUUUUUGUGUGUUGUGGCGCGACGCGGUCUGCGUUGCGUGUUUAUUUCGGUGGAGCGCAUGAUCGCGAUGAACUACAAUGCUCCGCGUUAACACCAUCCAAAAUGGGCGGUUUUUAAGGGUAUCAAUGCGGAGCAUCGUAGUUACCAUACAAAACGAUGCUGCGCAUUUACACCAUCAAAAAUGAGCGGUUUUAAAUGACCGAAACACGUUAGAUACUCAGCAAGAACUUCAGAUACGCAGCUAAUUAUCAGAAAAAAUCAGAAAAAUUUCAGCCUCUCGCCGCUCUCCGCCUCCGAAACUCUGUCUUCCCCCAACUCGUCAACUUACAAAAACUCACCUGGCAUCAUGCCAACAUUGAAUUCCUCAAGAAAAUCGCGAAUCCCACUGAUCUCAAGGAGUUGGAAUUGACUGCACAUCCUGUUGGAAGACCGAGUUAUUCGGAUUUUGCGCAUUUGACGAAUUUUAGGAAUCUGGAGAAAUUGUAUUUGGGAUUGACGUGUCCAAGAAAUCCGUAAGAGAAAUUUUGGUCCAAAAAAAAUUAUUUUUCAUUUUUUUCAGAAGUCGAUUCACGAUGGAAGCCCUUUUAACCCUCUACCAAGCAAUUUGGAAGAAAAACCUUGGAGAAACUUCCAAAAAAAUGUUGGAUUCAUUCGAAAAUCUUCGAGAAAUUGGCUUCUGGAAUGCUCCGGAAAAAAUAUUCAUUGAAAUUUGCUCGAAACGUCGCGAAUUCAAAACAAUGAAUUUCGGAAAAUUGAGCCAGGAUUUGAGCAAAAUGUGCUCUUUCGAUUCGAUUAUGCAAGCGUUUUUCAAGUUCGAGGAGAGCAAUUUCGAUUUUUCGGAUUUGAAAAUUGAAAAUUUGAAUAUGGUUUUGCAUUCGAUGCCCGCUGUGCAAUUGGAAUAUUAUUUGCCGAAUUUGAUGAAUUUGUUGAAUGUGAGUACAGUAAUCGAACUGCAAACAUUAUAUUUCAUUACAGUAAUCAAACUGCACUUCUAGGUAUUCCUGUUCAUUUUUUUUGCAGUCCGGGAUACUGUAGUCAUUUUUUCAAAAAGAAUAUUCUAAAGCUACAGUAAGCCACUCUCAUGCAGUUUGAAUACUGUAGUUUCAAUUAAUAAGAUACAGUAAUCCGAACUGCAAAAAAGUUCUCAUAAAACUACAGUAAUCGAACUGCAAAAAAAUAAUUUCAACGGUUCGAAAAUUUUAAUAGGUUUAUUUUUUUUCAGUCCGGGAUACUGUAGUCUUAUUUACUGCAAAUUUUCAUUUUUUUCGAAGUUUGUUAGCCCUAAAAAAAUACGUUUCAAAAUUUUUUUCAACAAAAUAAUUCUUCACUAAAUUUUUCACUAAUAUGAAUACUUUUUUCCAGAAAAUGACAAAACUCGAAAAUCUGAAAUUAUUUGUGAAAUGCAUUUUUGGCGGCGACGAAAUGAAUUCCUCAUGGAGUCUCGAAACGAAAAAGGAAAAACUGCGCAAAAAAUCGCCGAUCCUCGAAUCGAAUUUCAAGAUCUUCGAGCUCCACAUCGAUGGUUCUUGCAGCUUCCAAGAUUUUCAUCGACAAAUUCCGCCGAGCAUUCAGAAAUUAUCGAUUUCUUUGAAUUUGCCCGUCGAAAAUCCAUCGAAAAAUCAGAAAUCCAUCAAAAGUUUGGGCGAUUUUAUUGAGAAAUUAGCGGAUUUUAAUAGUUUUCCUGAAUUUGAAGAGCUCUAUUUACAAGUUUUUGGAAUUUGUUGCAUGGAAUUUUUGGUGGAUAAAGUUGCGGAGAAUUUAUCAAACCUCAAAAAGCUCUCAAUUAUAUCUAUGCCUUGCUCAAAAUCUCGCGGAAUUUCAAAAAAUCUUCUGGAAAAAAUGCGAAAAAUUAGCCAAAACCUAAUGGUUUCCAAGGAGUUUCAUGACAUUUUGGCUCUAAAAAAUCCAGGAAAUCCCAUGAAAAUUGGCAGAUUAUUCGAGGAAUAUGCGAUAAAUCCUAAAGGAAAAUUUGACCAGAAAUUUGUGGAUGAGGAAGAUGUUUAUGAGAUUCCUGUGGAGCCAUCGAUUGUUUGUUUGGGUGAGUUUUUCGGGGCGAUACAGUACCACGAACUGCAAAAAAUUUACUGUAAUUUGUGAUUUUCUAGAGCUUUUUUGAGCUACAGUAAGCCAAACUACAAAAAUUCUCAAUUAUACAGUACCUCGAACUGCAAAAAAAUUGAGUUUUUUUAAGCUACAGUAAUCCAAACUACAAAUUUUCCUUUCAUGAUCUAUUCAAAAUCCACGUGGCACAUGAAAUACAGUACCUCGAACUGCAAAAAAUGUGUGUUGAACUUUUUUUAAAGAUGGAAAAGUACUGUAGUUCAGAAGUACAGUAAUCGGACUGCAAAUUAAUUUUUUUUCACGAAACUACAGUACCUCGAACUGCAAAAAAAUAGGCUGGAAUUGUUUUUCAACGUUUUUUGUGUAGUUCUGAAGUACAGUAAUCGGACUGCAAGUUAUUUACAACAAAACUACAGUACCCCGAACUGCAAAAAAAUUUGGCUCCAAAAUUUGUAUGCAUUUUUGUAGUUCUGAAGUACAGUAAUCGAACUGCAAAUCAUUUACUACAAAACAACAGUACCUCGGACUUGAAUCAUUUUUGACAAAAAUGAAAAAAAAAUCAAAUAAUUUUGAAACAGUAAAUUUUUUUUCAAACAAAAAAAAAUAAUUUUUCGAUUUCAAGAUUUUUUUGAAACCGUAAAUCUGAAUCUGUGAAGAUUUCCAGCCCCCAAAAAAUCUGAAAUUUUUCUUAGACGAUGAAAUAUCAGAUGAAGAAGAAGACGAUUCAAUGAUAGAUGAUGGAGAUGGAGAUCCGACACCAAAUCAGACAUUAGACGAGCUCGAUUUGCUGGAGCAGAAAUUGGAAAAAGAAUCGCAUCGAAGACAUGAGAAAUAUUUGAAAAAACGGAGAGCGGUUGGUGAUUUUCGGGCCGGAAAAUGGGCCUAAAUUUGGAUUUUUGCAGAAAAUCGAUUCGGAAUCUGAACCUGAACCUGAAGAAGAUUAUAGUGAUAUUGUUGAUUUUGAUCAAGAAGAUGAAGAGGAUGAGGAUGAAACUAUUCGAGAAAAUGGCGGAUUUUUUGAUGAUGAAGCUAUUGAAAGUGAUGGCGGAGAAUCCGAGGGAGAAUCUGAACCAGAAGGAGAAGAUCUAGCAGAUUCGGAUGAUGAGAUUUUGUUUGUGCAGGGGCCGAAAAAGCGGAAAUUCGGGGAGGAUAAGGAGAAUUAUUUUGGGCAGGGGAGAGUUAAGCGAAAUCGCAUUGUUUUAUCGGAUGAUGAGGAUUAG